GUGCAGAUUAGCGGUAAAUGCUGAGGCUAUUGGAAUGACAAUGAUGCUCUGGCGGUGCGCUACGCGGCGGCAGUAUAAAUCUAGAGCGGCUGUGUUGGGAAUGUUCUGAUACACCGUGAGCUAAAAAGGUGGUGUGAGGCCCAAACAUGGAAUCUGCGGGGAAGAUCACAUUCUACCAAGACCAGAACUACCAGGGGGACUAUUACGAGUGUAGCAGCGACUGUCCCGAACUGAACGGUCACCUGAGUCGCUGCAGCUCAGUCAGAGUUAAGAGCGGGGCCUGGGUUCUGUUUGAGAGGCCUAACUACCUGGGCUACCAGAACGUCCUGACCAAAGGGGAGUACCCGGACUACCGCCAAUGGAUGGGUUACACCGACAGCGUCCGCUCCUGUCACGUCAUCCCAAAUGUUUCCGGCGCCUUCAGAAUCCGCGUCUUCGAGCGUCCUGACUUUGGCGGUCAGACGCUUGAGUGCACGCAGGACGUCUCCCAGCUGUCCGACCUUUGGCUCCAGGGGGCGGUCCACUCGGCCCAAGUGCAGGAUGGCGCCUGGGUCCUCUACGAGCUUCCGGACUACCGCGGACACCAGUACCUUCUGGAGAGGGGACAGUACCGCCGCCACACAGAAUGGGCCGCCCCGGACUCCACAGUGGGAUCCCUCCGGCGAGUCCUCUGCGUUUAGAUGACCUUGUUCUGGAAUUGUGACACAACGUGACUCUGCGCAAUAAAGAAGUGGUGUAGGAAA